AUGUUCUCCGCUAAGCAGCUCAGCCUCGCCGGUCUCAUCUGGCUCGGCCUCACCAACAAGGGCCUCGCCCUCAGCUUCGACACGUCUGACGACCUCAUGCUCGUCUCGCGAUCACCCCUCGACGUCCAAGACCUUGCCGAGUUUAGCACCCGCGAUAUCUAUGAGGAGCUCGUCGCCCGCGGCUCCGGGCGCCCCCCUAGUGGCCCCAAGGGCGGCGGUAGCAAGGGGCAUGGCGAGUAUAAGAACUAUUAA